AUUAAGUUUAUAAUUAUUAGCCCGCAAGAUUCCAGGUGACUUUCUUCACACAAAACUCUCUGCUUUUUCUUAUUCAAACUUUGGAACCCAUUGCUGUUAAGAUAUCUGAAAAGAUCCACAGGAAAAGGAAAAUGAACAUCUUCAGCAAAAAACCCAAUCCCAAAGAGGCUCUUCGCGAGAGUAAGAGAGAAAUGGCGCAUGCUACUAGAGGUAUAGAGAAGGAAAUAGGAACUUUACAGUUAGAGGAAAAGAAACUUGUUGCUGAAAUAAAAAAAACUGCUAAAACCGGAAAUGAGGCAGCGACAAAAACUCUAGCUCGGCAGCUGGUACGACUUAGGCAACAGAUAGCUAAGUUACAAAGUAGUCGAACUCAAAUGAGAGGCAUUGCAACUCAUACGCAGGCAAUGCAUGCUCAAUCUUCAGUUGCUGUUGGCAUGAAAGGUGCCACCAAGGCCAUGUCAGCCAUGAAUAAGCAAAUGGCCCCAGAAAAACAAGCAAAGGUUAUUCGGGAAUUUCAGAAGCAGUCUGGCCAGAUGGAUAUGACUACUGAAAUGAUGUCAGAUGCCAUAGAUGAUGCUCUGGACGAUGAUGAGGCAGAAGAUGAGACUGAGGACCUGACAAAUCAGGUUUUAGAUGAAAUUGGUGUUGAUGUUGCCUCACAGUUGUCAUCGGCUCCUAAAGGUAGGAUUGCAGGAAAGAAUACUGAAGGUGUUGGCAGUUCGGGUGUUGAUGAGCUUGAGAAGCGGUUGGCAGCUCUUAGAAAUCCAUGAGCUAAAGACACUGAACCCCAACCUUUCCUUCAUUAGUAUUGAGUUCCCUUGAAUUAAUACCUAUGCGCACUACUUUUGUAGAUAUGACUGAACAUUCAUGUUUCCGAAGUUAACGCAUUGUGCACUGUAAUUCUGCAAAUAUUUGCUGGAAUUGAGAUUGUAAAUAUUGAUUGCUCUUGGUUACCGUAUAUCACAAUCCGAAAAUAUUACGUGAAAUUCAUUCUUUUUAAGAUGGAAUUUCACAUAAUUCUUUAUUGUGAUCGGAUAAUUACAAAAUUAUAAUAAAACGAAUUGCUGGUGAAAUUCUGAA